AUGAAUGCAACAAUUACUUCCCAAAGUAAUUUCGAUAUCUUACAGGGACAUAACGAGGUCCUUCCUCGCAAAUGUAAAGUUUCUUCUCAGAUUCUUAUAAAACAGCAUUUGGAUGCCCAUUACAGAAAUAUUCAGUCUGCUAAAGCAUGUAUUGACAAUUCAACGCCAUAUUCGUAUUUUAGCAACCCAACUACCAGAGGUUACCGAAAAUCAUCUGGAGUCCAUAGAAAGCCUCUUUCUAGUAGACCAGAAACAAAUAGCCUCUGCAAUUUAGCUAUGGUAAAUACGUUCUCAGAUGAUCCUGAAGUUGACCAGAUUGUGCGAAGAUUUCUACUUGACGGAGACGAGAAGUAUGUAGAACCGCUCAGAUUUGGUGAAGAUCAGUCUAUGAAUACUGGUGGCGAAAACGCCUGCGAUAAAUAUAGUUGUGUGGAUGGUGUUUCUGCCAGCAUUCGGAGACUGGAAGUAGACUGUUGCAGCAACAAGACUAUGCAACAACGCCAGUCAGUUAGCAAUGAUAUCAUGGAUAUUUAUCAUAAGAAGUUCACUAAGCCUAAACCAUUCUCUCCAAGAACAAUUAAAUCUAAUGCUUCAUCUAAACUAAUCGGUUUGAGGUGUUAUAAUCCUCCUAAAAGAGUUGUUCGUGUCUGUCAACCCGAUUCCAAAGUGAUUUUAGAUGUUAAACCAGUAAUACGAUUGAAUAGAUCGAAUAGCCAGUGUACAACAGAUUCGAAAAUAAAAGAAAAGCCUGUACCAAAAUCUGUUGAUGCAAAUCAAGAUGAAGUUAUGUCUCACACUUGGGAAAGCGUUUAUCACAAGCGUGUUUCACUAAAUAACUUACAAAGGAAUCCAAUAUCUGACGGAUUUAUCAAUAGAUCACAGAAUUUCGGGAAAGUGAAUCAAUGGUUAAAUACUUUACCUGGUAACAGUACAAUUCAUAAAUCAGAGACAGCUUUACCAACAAGUCAUGCAGAAGAUCUCCAAACAAUUAUUCCAGAAAAUGAAUUCAUUAAGGACAAUGUAAAUCCUCAAAUGAUUAAUAAUUCUGUAGAAAAAGAAAUAUCAGUAGAAAAUUUAAAAGACGAGAUGAAUUAUUUGAAAUUUAUAUCUUCCGUCACUGAAGAUGUUUUGACACGUGGUGUUCUCACUGAUAAAAAUGUUAAUACUAUACUGUUGGAACACGCUACUCUAAAUGAAUGUGGACUGUCGACAGAGCAACUGAGAAGAGCAAUUCAACAUAUUAGAUCACAAUUGAAUAUUACCACUCAAGAUGCUACUGAACUGACUGUUGGUCUAAGUCAUGUACUGGAUUCAAAUUCACCUAGAUUACUGCCUUAUUCUCAAACUCAUAGCAAGACUGGAGAAGAGCAGAGCCCACUCCAACAACAACAGAACCAAGAACGUCAACAAUACAAACAACCGACUAUUAACUACAAGACAACAAUGGAUAUUAAGUCACCUUCUAGAGCUACACUGCCACCACCUGCACCAUCUAAAGAAAGCUUUCAGCCACCAAAUCUUCGUGCAACAGUGCCAAUAACAACAGCAACGUCGGUAAGUUCUAAACCCAGUGAGAAUAGUCAUCCAUUGAAAAAUGUGAAAACAGAAUUACAGCAACCAGUAAUUACUCAAGGUGUGGAACAACUUAAAGAGUCGAAAACAUUCCCAAGUCGAAGUCAUAAGAUACUGGAAGUUGAAAAGAGCUUGAACCAAAUGUCUAAAGAUCCUUCUACGUUAUCAGCUAGAAAACAAAUUCUUUCAUCAAGAGAUUAUGGAGAUGAAAAAUCUAAUCAAAAUCUAUACAAUCAAGAAGACACUUUGAAUGAUCAGCAUGCUAUUUUAGACAGUUCAGCCACUAAUACAUCUCUACAUACAAUCAUCACAGUGACCAAUACUAAUUCCACGGAGGAAAUUAAUUCACUUCAAGCACAAAAUGAAACAACAAACAAUACUGUACCAGGAAAAGAUUUAAACACAUUAAAAAAUCAUUUGACUAUUGAACAUGCAAUUGAUGACAUUGAUUCUGCUGAUGAAGAAAAACAGAAUACACGUCAAAAUCGAGUAAAGUUUGCCUCAGAAGCUGAAUUUUUUUCACCUUCAUAUUAUAGUGAACAAACUACUUCUGUAAGUAGUGUUACCGACAUGACACAUGUAUCCAGUACAAGUGUUACUAAUGCUAAUUCUACAAAUACUGAUGCUACAGCAUCUGAACUUUUUAGCUCAGAGGAAGUAGUUAUCGUUUCGCCUAGUAGAUCACCUUUACAAAUAUCUGAUUUAAACAAACAAGGAGACGUUAGUAAAGUGAAGUCUAAGGAGUUUAAAGAUACCACAGAUAAUUCAGAUAUCGGAGAAAGAAACGAUAAAAAAGAAGCAGAAGAAGAAACAGUGUAUAAAGAAGACUUUGUUUCAGACUGCGAAGAUUAA